AUGACCAACUCCUGUUGCUCCUCUUGCUGCCAGCUCACCUGCUGCAGGACCACCUGCUGCAGGACCACCUGCUGCAGGACCACCUGCUGGAGACCAAGCUGUGUGACCAGCUGCUGCCAGCCCUGCUGCUGUCCCUGCUGCCAACCCUGCUGCUGUGUGUCCAGCUGCUGCAAGCCCUGCUGCUGCCAGCCCUGCUGUUGUCAGUCUAGCUGCUGCAAGCCCUGCUGCCAGCCCAGCUGCUGUAUCUCCAGCUGCUGCAAGCCUUGCUGUCAGCCCUGCUGCUGUGUGUCCAGCUGCUGCCGGCCCUGCUGCAAGCCCUGCUGCUGUCAGUCCAGCUGCUGCAAGCCCUGCUGCUGCAAGCCCUGCUGUCAACCCUGCUGCUGUCCCUGCUGCCAACCCUGCUGCUGUGUGUCCAGCUGCUGCAAGCCUUGUUGCAAGCCCAGCUGCUGUCAGUCCAGCUGCUGCAAGCCCUGCUGCCAGCCCUUCUGCCUCAACCUGUGCUGCCAGCCAGCCUGCUCUGGACCUGUGACCUGCACCAGGACUUGCUACCAGCCCACAUGUGUCUGUGUGCCAGGAUGCCUGUCCCAAAGCUGUGGGUCCAGCUGCUGUGGGCCCUGUGGCUGUUGA